AUGGAAGAUCAUCCAGAACCGCUCACUCGGCACCAGGCUAUCCUGCGUGGCCUGGAGGCCUUGGGCGAGGCGCACUUGGACCAUCCGGUGCUCCAACGUGCUGUGGGGUCGAAAUUCCUGCCGCAGCGGCUGCGCGAGCGCUGGCAAGCCCUGGGCAUUGGAAAUGAACACGCGAGCAAUGCUUCCAGUGCGGAAGAUUCGGCAGAGACUCGCAAGAGGCUCCGAAUGGAAGCGAUGCGGCAGCGCCAACAGGCUCUGAUGCGACGAAUGCAGCAACAGCAAAGUCAAGCUGUUGCUGCGAUGGACGAGGCCGCACAAGGAGCUCUCAACGACGAGACUGAGGCAGAGGACUCCGGCGCAUUGUGGCAGUGCGCGACGUGCCGUGAGGCGGGAACGCCGGAAAAUCCUCUUGCCAUGCUGGCUGCGGUUGUGCCAUGGCAAUCCAAAUCCACUCAUCGAGGUGGCCUUCCAGGCUACGCUCGCUUUACGUCCUGUCGACAUCUUGUGCAUGUGAGCUGUGGACUGGCACAUGCAGAAGAUGUCAGAAAUCAGGCAGGUCGAUCGCAGUUCUUUUUCGUCAAUGCGACCGGUGGGGAGUUUCCUUGCCCCAUGUGCCGAUCUGUCGCGAACUGCUUGAUCCCCUGCGUUCCUGACGAGGAGUUCCUCGACUCCGAGGAUGCAUCUUGGCAACCGGAGGUCUCGCACUCAGCCUCGGCUCCCAGCCGAGUGCGGCCGCCACUUCCCGCCUUGCAGUCUGCUCUGCAUGAAUGCAUGCGCCGGGCGAGCAGGGCAGGAGCGGAGGCUCGCCCCGAGCAGAGGGAAGGCCAGCUCGACGACAGCCAAGGAGCGCUCUCAGUUCCAGUGCUUCGUGCAGCUGCUGCGGAGCUGCGGGCAGCAGCAGCUCUGUUCCCCUUGCAACUGACGGACGAGGGGCCCCCUGCGCCGCUCUAUGCGGCGCUCUUCAGGGCGGCCGCUCUGCUGAGGUCUGGUGCUCCAACGGUGGCACCAAAGCUCGAGGACAGCGGUUGGCAGUCCAAGGUUCUCGCUUGGUUGUCUCAGCCACGGGAACCGUGGUUGCUGGACUUGAAGGUCAAAGCUACGGAAGCACUGGUGGUUCAUUCCGGCGUGCAUCUGACUGUGGUAGCUUGCCCAGCUUCGCUCGGGGAGGACGCACAGAUUGUGCAGCUUCAAGGCUCAGACGAGCAUACUCAGUGCAACGUCGUGUUCUAUGCCGUUGACUCCACGAUGUUGGAGCUGGAAGGCUACACGGAGUGCCAACGCUUCAGUUCGCCACCGGACCCGCAGCUAACCAUCGCGGCGUUUCAAGAAACGUGCGAUGCAUGCUUCGCCCCUGCUCUCCGAUGUGAGGCGCCGCAGCACGUUGUGGAGCUUGGGCUCUCGGCGACCAGCCGGCGCUUUCUGUGGAAUAGUGUUGUGAUUGUUCCUGACUUCCUGACGCGGGAGGAGUGUCAUGUCCUCAUGGAUGCCGCUGACCGGGCCGCUGCUGUAGGCACCAGAGCUGGAAGCUUCUAUGCCUACCAGGGCAACAUGAACCGAUUCCUGGCUGCAACUUGGAGUCUUUGUCAUCGAAGCUUCCUGGCGCAAUGUUUCUACAGACACGCACACAUUCACAGUGAAAUGCUGAUGCCUUUUUUUGCUUUCAAGUCGGCCUGUGCUUUGCCGGUCAAAGCAUGGUUUCCGAUGCCACUCUCCGACGUGACGAGAUCCUUGCUUCAGCUCGGCCGAGGCCAAGAGCCCUGUCAGGCCCAGUUUGCUCGGGCGGUGCUGGGAAAGCAGAAAAUUUUGACGAAGCCUGGGGCAAUCGCACGUCUUCUUCGAGAGCUGAAAUCGGAGAACCGGGCAGAUCUGGUGCUUUGCACCCUCUCCGAGGUAAGGAAAGGUGGCACGCCGAUUCCUCAUCAUUUCGAUACGGCCAUAAGCGCAUGCAGUUUGGCCACAUGGUGGCAGACAGGCCUAUCACUGUUGACUUCAAUGCCGGUGGAAGAGGUCCCAGUGAACAUUGUCAGUUGCAAUACAGGCAUAGGCUGUGCCGAUCAAUGGCAUUUGGCUUUGGGGCUCUUCAGGUGGAUGGGCACCAAUCGGAUUACCAAAGACUUCAUCACCCACAACUCAUGUAUUGGUGCUUGUGCUCGGGACUUUGAGUGGCAGGUAUCGGUGCAGCUGCUUCAAGUGAUGCAGCUGCGCACUGUGUCGCCUGAUAUCAUCAGUUUGAAUUCGUGCAUGAACUUUCCUGCCCGUGCCAGUCUGUGGCACUUGCCAGGGCAGCUUCUGAGAAGCAUGCGUGAAGCCCGGAUACUUCCCUCAGUCGUUACUUGCAGUUCGUCAAUCGGCUGUUCAGACGGUCAGGGAUGGCUGUCUGCCUUGCAGCUACUAGCAGGCAUGCAUCAGCUUGGGGUUAGACUGAACGCUGUGAGCAUCAACUCCUGCAUUGCAUGCAUCAGCUCGUGUUCCUCGGAGUGGCAAACGGCAUUGCUGGUGUUCAAGACUGCGACAGGAGGUCGAGUCAGUCCAACAGGUGCCAGCUACAACACCUGCAUCAGUGCUUUGCAAAGUAGCGGUAAUUGGCAGCUGGCCUUGCACUUCUUGCACGUCAUGGGCACGGCGGACAUACCUGCGGGAGUGAUCGCAUACAGCUCGUGCAUCAGCUGCUGCGAAGAAGCUGGACGGUGGCAACUUGCCUUGCAGCUGCUUCACUCCAUGGAAGCGGCGUUCGUCAAACCCAAUUUGAUAAGCUUCAGUGCCUGCAUCAGCUGCUGUGCAAAGGCGAACGAGUGGCAGAAGGCGCUACGUCUCCUGAGAGUCAUGGUAGAUGCUGGCACACGGCAAGACACAAUCAUUUACAAUGCCUGCAUCAGUGCCUGUGACAUAGUUGGGCAGUGGCAGAUUGCUCUCCACCUUUUGGAAGCCAUGACCUCUGCGGCUGUGAGGCCUAAUCUCAUCAGCUGUAACUCUUGCCUCUGCUCGUUGGAGAGGGGCUUUCAGUGGCAGCAGUCACUGCUUCUUCUGGCCUCAAUGCUGCGAUCCAACAUCGCACCUGAUGUGGUCACCUACAACAGUUGUAUCGGUGCCUGCGAAAAGUGUGGGCAGUGGGAGAUGGCUCUCAACCUAUUUCAGACAAUGUCCAGAAGAAGAGUCCCGGCUGAUGUGGUGAGCUGCAAUGCAUGUAUCAUCUCAUUGGAGAAGAAGGAGCAUUGGCAACUGGCACUGCAGUUUUUUGACAUCAUGUCGCAAGCUCUGCUCAGGCCCAAUGCUGUCAGCUACUGUGAGUGGAUCGUUUCCUUCGAACGAUGUCACCAACCAGGACUCCUCCUGCGCAUGUCGGAUGCAUUGCUCUCUUCAAGCAUCAACUUGUUGACCCGGCUCAGCACCUAG